AUGGCUUGUGACAUGAGAGGAAAUAUUCAUAGUGCGGAAGUUUCGUCGUUUGCGCCACCUACGGCCAGUGGUCGCCGUGGGACUCUGACUUGUAAAGCGGUAAAGUUGAGCGUCACAAAUACAUGGACACUAGUUACAUCACCACUACCACCACCACACUGUCGCAUGACACCCGAGCAGUGCCGCAAACACAGCUGGAUCUGCAACCUCGGGGGGCAGCCGAAGGCCGAGCUCAACAAGAGGAACCUGCGGCAGUAUGUGAGUCGAAGACGGUGGCACACCGCUGUUCAUACGGUCACCGCUCUCCGACGCAUGGGGGCAAACCUAUCUGAGAGGAGGGAACCCACCAACCAAGAGUUUACCAAGACGAAGAGCAGCACAGAACUAUGUGGUCUAGAGAAAGAGUUCCUUUCGUCCUCGGGUUUUAGCCAUUCCAGGAGUGCCAACGAAUUGCAGAGUCUGGAAUCGCCGACGAUAGAAGCUCCAUCGCGCCUCGCCCCGGUGGCUGAGAAGGAGACUGAGGGCUCACCUCUCAGUUUGGGAAAUUCAGAAAGGCGGCAGAAGACUCAACCAAGAUCAGGUUGUAAAAAUUCCAAAGCCAUUAAUAACAAAGAUCCACCAACUGUACAGCCAAGCCAAGAGCAAAAGAAAAGAGAAGUGCUUUACAUAGAAGCAGAGGAGGCAUUGCGGCGAAUGGCAGGUCAGAUUCCAUCAUCAGAGACGUCUAACUCGGUCUGUUCGGAUGACCACAGGCAAACGAAGCAGGGAAGGAACGAAUCUCCCCAGUCCAAAGACGCUCCCACAUCCAUCAAACAGCGUCGUGAAAAACCGCCCUCACAGCCUGUCCCACGUAGGCCCACGUCAGUCACAUCCUCAACUCGCGUCCUGCCGGUGUUGGAGCUGGCCCGAAGGAGGUCCUCCGGCAUGACCAUCCAGUAUCCGUCGACCAUCAGCAAGCCACGCCUGGAAGCGGUCGAACAAGCGAAGGUCGGACCGCGAUCGCUCGUCGACCAGUUGCUGGGGCAGUUCAAGGGGAUGCAGUCGUUCUCCUUCGCCGAACUGAGGACAACCAAGGGCACGGCCACCCUAGCGAGCGCCGUGGUCAGCAAGCCAGUCUUCCAGUUCCGCAAGGGCCGUCCCAUCAACAGCGGCGCCGUGCUGGAGAUCGCCAAGAAGUUCAUGGGCUUCGAGUGA